AUGAACCCACCGUCCAUCCCGCCGCCACCACCUCCCCCACCGCCACUGAACAUCCCACCUUCGCGAGCUCGCCUCCAGCUGGCCGCGCGCCUCGCCAUGUCCAAGCGCAAAGCCGAGGAGCAGGAGAACGGCAACGGCGACGAGGACGAAGCGUCUCGAGGCGCGAGCAAAGGCGGCGGCGGCGGCCUCGGCAGCCUGCUGCAGUCCGCCCCUGUCGUCGAGAGACUGCGGAAUCCGUUUGCGGAUGACGAGGACGACGACGACGAUGAGAGGCAGCACGGCGAGGACAACGACGGCGAGAACGGCUCGGGAGGCGGGAGCGGAGGCUGGAACCGCGGCUCCUGGUGGCGAGACGUCGUGCGGCGCAAACCGAAGGCGGGCGAGGACAAGGAGCGGUUCGGCGACGGGAGGGAUGAUUCUGACGAGGACGGAGGGAGCGGUACGAACAGCGAGGACGAGGAGUUUGGCGACUUCGCCAUGCCGGAGGGCGAGGGCUCAAAGGAGAAAUCCGGCGAGGGAGAGAGUCGUGGCGAUAGGUCCAGUCUCGACGAGGACAGGGAUCAGGUUCUGCUCAAACCACUGCCGGUGCAUCCCCCGCCGGGAAGCGGCAAGUCGACGGCGUUCAGCAGUCUGUGGCCAUUCGGCAACCAAGUCUUCAGCUCCAAGGACAAAGAUAGGGGCGACGACAAGUCAGAAGGGGAAAAGGGGUCGGUUGAGAAAGGGGACGAGGCCGAGACCGUCGAUGACCCGAAUAUUGUCAGCGAGGACGGCAAGAAGGUCGAGCGUGCGGUUGAGGCGCGGCGGCGCACGAGCAUCGAGGAUCCGGACGACGACGAGACGGAGAUUGUUCUCUAG